AUGGGUCAUUUCACAUUCUUCUGCAUUGUUUUCUCAUCAAUUUUCAAGAGUUUUAUGCUCUUUCCAUCUUUGAUUCCUGUGAGUGCAUCUGAGUCUCUAUCAACAAGUUUUCUUGUUCAUACAGAUAUCCAUUUAAGGCCAUCUCAGUUCUUGAUUCAAGAUGAAUGGUAUAGUUCUAUGAUCGAGUCACUCACUGAUAAAAAGAUCGAGCUGAAGACUGGUACGCGAAUUUUCUACACUUACAAUGAAGUCUUACAGGGAUUUGCAGCAAAAUUGACUCCUCAAGAAGCCGAAAGGAUCAAUGAACUUCCUGGAGUUAUUGGUGUAUUUGAAGAUAGGUUCAGAAUAAAGCUUGACACAACACGGUCACCUGAUUUUCUUGGCUUGAAUUUGCAUUAUGGGCUCUGGCCGGAGACAGACUCAGGUGAGAAUAUCAUAGUUGGCGUUGUUGAUUCUGGAAUUUGGCCGGAGAGUGAAAGCUUCAACGAUGAAAGGGUCGGACCAGUUCCUUCCAAGUGGAAAGGUACAUGUGAAGAGGGAUCUGAAUUCAACUCUAGCAACUGUAACAGGAAACUCAUUGGUGCAAGGUUCUUCCUUAAAGGAGCCGAGCAUCAUAUUUCUUCUGAUGAUCGACUUGAUUCUGAGUAUCGAUCACCACGUGAUGGAGUUGGACAUGGAACGCACACUGCUUCUACUGCGGCUGGAUCCAACGUUAAGAAUGCUAAUAUAUUUGGUUUCGCAAAAGGUCAGGCGCGAGGAAUUGCAAGCAAGGCGAGGAUUGCUAUGUAUAAAGCUUGUUGGCUUGGUGGUUGUGCUGAUAGCGAUAUUGUUGCAGCUAUCGAGAGCGCUAUCAAGGAUGGUGUAGAUGUUUUAUCUCUCUCACUUGGAUCUACAGAUGAAACUUACUAUGAAGAUUCAAUAGCAAUAAGCACGUUUGCAGCUGUCAAAAGAAACAUUUUCGUGUCCUGCUCGGGAGGAAAUUUAGGACCUCAUGAAUUUUCUGUACACAACACUGCACCAUGGGUGAUUACUGUUGGAUCGGGAUCAUUAGAUCGCACUUUUCCAGUGCGUAUUCAGUUAGGAAACAAUAAAUCCUUUGUUGGCUCAUCACUUUAUGCUGGAAAAAUCAAUAGCAAUUUUUUCCCCCUUGUCUAUCUUAAAAAUUGCAUAAACAGGGAAUUAGUUCCUAAUAAUGUCAUUGGAAGAAUAGCAGUUUGCAAUGGCAGUAAGAGACAAGCUUUCGAGAAUGGAGUUUCAGUUAAGGCAGCAGGUGGUAUGGGAUUGAUUCAAUUAAAUGAUGCCUCUGAAGGAGAAGCACUCAGGGCUAUAGCUUACACAUUGCCUGGUGUGACAUUGGGUUACAAAGCUGCAAAAGAGCUUCUGUUUUACAUACAGUCGACUAGGGAUCCUGUGGCAAGCUUCAGAACUCGUACGCUUACCCUAGUAGGGAAAGAUAGAGCGCCAAUUGUGAUGAGCUCUUCAGGACGAGGCCCCAAUUAUAUUGUUCCAGAAAUCCUUAAACCAGACCUUGUCGCCCCGGGGCUUGACAUUCUUGCUGCAUGGCCUUCCAAUGUUGCCCCAACACGAUCUUCAAAAGAUCCCAGGAGGGUAAAGUUUAACCUUGAUUCUGGGACAUCAAUGGCUUGUCCCCACGUAUCUGGUGUUGCUGCCUUGCUGCGGUCUGCUCACCCUGAAUGGUCCACUGCUGCCAUCAGAUCAGCACUCAUGACGACCGCUACUAUAGUUGACAAUGUGCAGCAUCCAAUAGCCAAAUUCGAGGACAUGGAAACAGCAACUGCUAUCAGCUUAGGAGCCGGCCAUGUUAAUCCUCCAUCGGCUGCUGAUCCAGGACUAAUUUAUGAUGCUCAUGUUCGUGAUUACAUCAAUUUCUUGUGCAGUUUGAACUAUACUCAAAACCAGAUGAAAAUUUUCACUAAGAAGACAAAACCCUGCUCAGGUCUCACUGGAUCCCCUUAUGAUCUCAAUUAUCCAUCAGUUUCUGCUGUAUUCAGACCUGGAAACACUGUUCAUGAGCUACAAAGAACACUUACUCAUGUCGGACCAUUUCUGCCAGAAAUCUACAGAGUUAGGAUUGUCAAUCCUAAUGCUCAGAAAGUCACUGUAAGUGUAAAACCAUAUGAGCUGAAAUUCAAUGCAUCUUUAGAGAAGAAAAGUUUCAGAGUCAAAUUUGAGACCAGUUAUGUGUUCGAUAGCAACAAGAGCAUUCUUGAACAAAUGGUUUUUGGAUCCAUUUCUUGGGAGAGUGACAAACAUAUAGUCAGGAGCCCAUUUUCAGUAAUGUGGGACAAGAACAAGAUGGAGGAUUAG